AUGUUUGAUCUUCCGAAUGCAAAACGCGUUUGCCGGGCAGACCUCGAAUCCCUCCGUUCAUCGCGCUCUCCAUCUCCGAUCACAAUAGAAACAGCGAAAUACGCCGCGAAUGCCCUAAAAAAUGUCUAUGCGUCACUGGACAUCCUACACCCAGAGAGUAACAGCGCAGUGCCUGCGCCGUUGAAUAGAGACGAUGAGGAAGAACAGGAAUUUGAAUUCAGGCUUUUCCGCUCGAAGACCUCAGACGAACAGUCAAGUAAAAUAGAUACGGGAGGUGACGGUGUCGAGCAAGUCACCAAGAGACGCCCGGCUCUACAGAAAUUGAAAAUCAGGCUUCGUUCGCCCUCUCCCGCCGCCGCGGGGGAAGGAGGAUUUGUCGUCCCUUUUAGGGGCUGGGAUUACUAUUUCUCCAACCCUGAGGCGAUUUUACAUACAUUUCCUAGCAGCAAUAAACAACCAGUACAUAGUGUACCGGGUUGUAAAUCAAAGGACCUGCAAGACUCGACGAUCAAACGGCAAUUCCUGGAGGCUGCCGUGACUUCGGAAGAAGUCCUUGCGGCGGCUAAAUCUACUACUUGGCCUGGAUGCAAUCUUCCAUGGCGCGUGAUACACCUUCCUGCUCGCAGUUCCGCUGCCGUCCUUCCUGUGUCUGGAUGUUGUGAUCCAAUAGUAGCCCUAGGUUCGCUAGGAAAAACUAAGAAGAAAAAGCCAGGCAAGAAAAGACGAAUAGUUCUUCGCAAACGUGUCGUCGCUAAAGUCGCGGCUGAAGUGGCUGAUAAAGAGAAGAGAACGAGACGCAACCGAGAGAAGAAGAUCAAACGCAGGCAAAAAGAGCGGGAGAAAAAGGCGGCCCUACAAAUAUCUAUCAAUGGUAAUGCUUCUAGUGAAGCCGUGGAUGACGAGCCAUGA